AUGACAUCGCUCCAUGCCAUCCCCAUCAAGCAGCGACCGCCGCCUUCGAUCCAGACAAGGCUGCACCUAGUCGCCUUCAACACCGUCUUCGGAGCCUCCCUCAUCCUCUUGCACACGUUCCAGCUCUUCACCCUCGUCCUCCUCCUCAUCCCGCAUCCUUCAGUCCGCGCGCUCUACACCGCCCUGAACACCCACGCCAAGGAAGCGUUCGCCAGCGACUUGAUCUUCAUCACGCACUUCUUUGGACCGGCGAAAUUGGUGUUGACGGCGGACGAGUCGGUGAACUUGGAGGAACUCGUGAGGCGGAAUGAGAAGGGAGAGGUUGUCGGGUUCAGAUUGGCAAAGCACGCGGUUUGGAUGUCGAAUCACCAGAUGUACGCGGACUGGAUCUAUCCCUGGAUCCUGCAAAGGUUCGCAGGCGUCUCAAGCGGCCUGAUCAUCAUCCUCAAAGCCUCGCUCGAGUGGGCGCCCAUCGUCGGACCCGCCAUGCAGCUGUUCCACUUCUGCUUCAUCUCGAAAACCAAGACGCUCGCCAAGUCGAACUUGUUCCGCGUUGCGAAGGAGGCGCGCGAUCGGGACGAACCGUACCAUUGCUUGCUCUUUCCCGAAGGGACGCUCUACUCGCGGCUGACGCGGCCACGAAGCGCGAAGUACGCUCAGGCAUCCGGUAUCCCCGACGCGGUCAACGUCCUCCUUCCUCGCUCGACCGGCCUCCUCUACACCCUCCGCUGCCUCUCAACCGUCUUCAACCCCUCCAAACUCGCCUUCUACGACCUCACCGUCGGCUACGCCGGCGUCCCCGCUCAAGGCUACGCCCAAGACUACUACACCCUUCAAACGAUCUACGGCUGCCGUGUCCCUCCACCAACAGUCCACAUGCACUUCCGGCAGAUCCGCCUCGACGACCUCCCCCUCGGCACGAUCCGACCCAGCGCGAGACCGCAACAUAUCGCAGAGGAAGUGACGAGCGAGACGAAGCAGGACUUUGAUGUGUGGCUCAGGAAUCGGUGGGAGGAGAAGGAUCGGCUGAUGGGUCAGUUUGGCGCGACGGGCGAGUUUGAGGCUGGGAAGCAGGGGAAGGUGGAGUUUGAUAUUCGGAUGAGGACGCAGGACUGGAUUGCGCUCGGGAGCGUGAUUGUCGGACUGGCGGUGUGGAUUGCGCUGGCGGUCAAGGUCGUCCGCUUCCUCUGGCGGUGA